AUGUCAACUCCGAGCGCAGCUGCCCUCACUUCGUCGCAGCUUGAUGCCCUUCUAGAGUCCGCCAACUUUCUUGCUGCUGGAGGGGAGACCUCGCUCUCCGCGCCCGAGCUUGUCGAGUACUACGGGCUACAGCAAGAGCCUGAUCUGGUGUGGGGCGUCGACUGGAGCAAGCAGGAUCUCGAUCCUGUCCUUGUUGCUGCCACAGAGGCGUCUGCGACUGGCCCUGCUGAUCCUACAGAGUCCGCCACCACCCCUCUUCGGUGCACUGUGGCAUCUGCGUCUCUCCGGGCCGACUCGAUCAAGCUCGCCAACCUCCUGCCGCUCUCGCUCCGCCUUGUUGCUCCUGUCCCGGAAACUAAUCGCGAUCCCUCGGCUGCUGCCUCGCCUCAGGUGCCUGCGCCGGUGGCUACUGCGCUUGCAUCAAAAGCACUGGCCCCCGCUGAUGAUCUCCGCCGUCGCAUCAACGCGGCACGCAUGCGCAAGCGCAUGCAGCCCACUGCCCCGCCGCAGGCACCUCCAUCCAAAAAGAGCAAGUCGCUGGCGAGCACAUGA